GGUGGUAUUGCCCUUUAUAGUAAUAAAGUAUAUGUAUGUAUGAGUGUCCUGCAGGAUAGCUUGCCAAGCCCUUUUCAGGGCUGCCCAUCCAUCGUUGAUGUCCACCUCUAACCGUUCUCUCCGGUGGCUCCAAGGAGUCACCACAUAGGCUGUGAGCCAAACCAUCUCUGCAGAUGGGCCAAACCAGGUGGAGGUAACCAACAGGCCUCACACCCAUUGAUGAGGUUUGUGUAAUCUACAUUUGUAGUAGUCCCAGUCAGAAUGGUUGUGUGAUUGUCUCCAUCUUCAUUAUACUUCUGUAUGUGCUUAUUGUCUCCUCUAUUGGAAUACAAACUCCCUGGGAGUAAGGCUGGAUUGAUUUGUUGUGUCUGUAUACACAACAUAUAAGUUGUUGUAUAACCUAUAUGUAUAUAUGUAUAAGCCUAUAAGUAGUUAAUAACUAUUGGAUUGAGCAAAGGGUUCCAAAAGGCAAAGGUAAGGAGAGAAAGCAUUUAGGGUAGCAAAUGAGUCAGUCAAUAAACAUUUAAGGGCCCACAACCUGGCGAGCAGUAUACCAGGCCCCAAGAAUACAAAAACAAACAUCAAUGAUACAGCCCUUUCCUUUAAGGAGACAAGGUUUGCACAAGAUCAGUAUCAAUGGUAAUUUGAAAGAAAAAGAGAAAAGAAGCUUGGAGGGCAGCACUUCACAGUUAUUAUCAUUUGAUUAAAAAAAAAAACCCAUAAUUUUCACCUUAGAAUCAAUAUUAAAUAUUCAUUCCAAGUCAAAAGAGAAGUAAAGACUAGGCAUUGGGAGGUAAGUGACUUGCCCAGGGUCACACAGCUUUUCUCUGAAGCCAAAUUUGAAUCCAGACUCUGGGCUCUGGCCCUCAAAUCAUUGAGCCACCUAACUGUUACCCUCUUUUGAUUGAAAGGUGGGUGGAGUGUUUCCAGUUAAGAUUUUAAUUCAUCCCAGGGCUCUAACUAUUGGACCACCUAGCUGUUGCUAAGUAGAAGGAAAGAAAUGAAGAGAUGGACAUUCCAGGCUUGACUAAAAUCCUUGCCAAAUAUUUGUUUGAUAAAUAUUUGUUGGCUACGAGGUUUAUUUUAUCUCAAAGCCAACAGGGAGACACUGUAGUUUCUUGAGCUGGGGAAUGACUGUCACUACUGCCAGUAACCGUUUUGGCUACUUGAGGGUAAUUACGCUUUGCUUUUUUGGCAGCCAAGACGGUUCCCCAUCGCGGGCUCCUCAGCCAGCUCCUCAGGGGGAAGAAAGAGGAGGUCUGGCCGAGGCCCCAUGAGCUAAGUUCCUGCUUGGGGGAGAGGGGGCAGGGAAGGGGAACGGCCGAUUUAGAAGGGAACAUCAUCUCCAGGAAGUGACGCAGACCAGAACGGCUCCGAACGGCCGAAGGUAGCGAGAGCCAUGGCAGAAGCGGAAGCGGAAGGAUGCUCCCUACUGCGGCCGCCAAUGCCCCCUCAGGGGAUGGCGGAAGUGGAGGCGGCGGACGGAGCAGCCGGGAAGCAGUUCCGUGGAAACAGCGGCGGCGGCUCCAGCAGCAGCAGCGUCAGCGUCGUGGGGAUGGAUGUGGAGCGGAGUCGCUUCCCCCACUGCGUGGUGUGGACACCUAUCCCGUUGCUCACGUGGGUUUUCCCCAUUAUUGGCCACAUGGGCAUCUGCACUUCCACUGGCAUCAUUCGGGACUUCGCAGGCCCCUACUAUGUCUCGGAAGACAAUAUGGCCUUUGGGAAGCCUGUGAAGUACUGGAAGCUGGACCCCUCCAAAGUGCAUGCCAGUCGGCCCAAUGCCUGGGACACCGCAGUUCAUGAGGCGUCGGAGGAAUAUAAGCAUCACAUGCACAACCUUUGCUGUGACAAUUGCCACUCCCACGUGGCCCUGGCCCUGAAUCUGAUGCGCUACAACAACAGCUCCCACUGGAACAUGGUGAAGGUCUGUCUCUUCUGCCUCAUCUACGGGAAGUAUGUCAGCAUUGGGGCAUUUGUGAAGACCUGGCUGCCCUUUGUCCUCCUCGUGGGUAUCAUUGUUACCACUUCCCUCGUCUUUAAUAUGCGGUGAUGGCUGCAUCCUAACCUGGCCCCUGCUGUGUGGAGGCCUCAGCUGGAAGGAGACUGGGCCCGAUGUCCUCCGUACACUCCCUGCCCCAUUCUCCCAGAGCCGGAGCUGUUGGGCCUAGACUCAUACCUCCUUUGGUUCCAGAUACCAUUCCCCCCAAAGUACAGGAACCUGCCUGUGAGCUUGGAGCCAGGGUUCUUAGUAGCCAACAUUCAAGAGACUGAGAUGAUGACUCUGGAAGGGGCCAGCUCCUCCUGCCCAGGGCUCUGCCUCUUCUCCCCACCUCCCCAGGCUGGAGCAGCUGUCCUCUACACACCUUGUGGGUUCUUUCAGGAUGCUACCAGGGAAGGGGGCUGGCUCUCCUUCCAAGGCCAGAAUCCUUCCUUCCCCUUCCUGAUCAUUCCCACCUAGCCCUGCAGCCUGGCACUGCCUGCCUCUGCCUCAACCACAGGAGAGCUUUCGAGGCUCCUCACUCCCCCUAUUCUAUACAGACCCCAGAUGGCUGUCUCAGGGGAGGGGCUGAAGGGCAGAUAAAAUUCAAUAGUCAUCCUAGCUUAGCUGAGGCCCAGUAUGAGCCAAGAUGCCCCACCAAAGGCCAUACAGCAAUGCCUGGCUUUGGGAAUGAGGUACCCUGGCUUCCCUACCACCACUGAGCCUCUAACCUCUGGUUCCCCUUCCUUGCCAGGGGGAGGUGAUAGAGUGUGUAAAAGUGGAAGUCUCUUCCCUUGCCCAGGGUCUUACCCUUUAGUCUAGGGUAGAGGCUGCUCCUACUUCUUCCCUGUCUGUUUUACUUUAGAGGGAGACAAAUGUUGGCAAUUCCUGCCCAUGCAGGAAGCCCCACUCCUGCAGGUCAGUAGCUCCUCCCCUUCGCCCUCCUGUGAGGGCAGGACAGAACCACAGUGGGAAUUCCAAAAGGAUAUGUAUCACUGUGUCCAGUGCCACACUGACCAGCCCUUGUGAGCCGUUCCUGGAAGGGCAUGCGCUAGUGAGACUUCCUCACUGUGGUGCCUCUCAGUCACCCCUUCUCUCUUCAUGUUAUAUGAUUGGGCUGCCCCUUCCAACCCCUUGGCAAGCGGAUAUAGCCUACUGUAUCCCUAACCCUCUGCCCCCUGAAAGAAGGGGGCUCACCAGGCAGGGCCAAUAAAGAAGUUUGACUCCA